AGAACAAAUACAAUACUUGUCACUUUCCAGCAGCCUGCUACCUUCUCUGUCCACUAACACCACUACAAUGAGGAGCAUCGUCCACCUCUCCCAGGACCUGCCAGCCUCUUCAACUUCCUAACUCAACAAAGUCACUUGCAGGAUUAUACAUUUCACCUCAACAGUGGUCGUGUAAGAAAAAAAACUGGAAUUCUAAGAUAAUUUUUCUAGGGUGCAGAUUGCUCUUAGAUUUGAUUAAGAAAAAUAGAAAAGACAAAACAAAAAUUCUAUUGUCUUUUAUAGGGUAACAAUUAUAACAGAUUAAGAUUGAUUUAAGGCAAACGGCCAGGUGAAAAACCAAGUGGUUCAGCAUGGCAUGGACAAAGAAGCAAAUGAUGUUGGCCUUCAUCAUGGUGUCGACAGGCUCCAUCAACACCAUAUCAGCCAAAUGGACAGAUCGCAUCUAUUCUAAAAACAGUCACGGCAAUGUAGUCAAGUUCAACCAUCCUUUCCUUCAGGCAGACUGCAUGUUUAUGGGAGAGAUGACUUGUAUGGCUGCUUUCUACAUUUUGAGGAUCCUCCGGCGAAGAGCAAGGCAAGGUGCCUCAGAAUUGGCUUUGGACUCUGACCAGAUGUUGAGAGGGGCAGUCAUAGUGUUUACGGGACUGCUAUCGGUGGGGUUCCUUGGACGGAGGUUGCGUUACUUUCACUGGCUGGGAAUUGUGCUUGUACUGAUUGGCUUAGUUGUUGUGGGUCUGUCAGACUUCAUUUCCUCAAGCCAGACCAACCAAGAUCUCAAUGGCAUUAUUACUGGUGACCUCCUCAUCAUCAUGGCACAGAUUGUCACAGCAACACAGAUGGUGAUUGAGGAGAGGUUUGUCAUAAAGCACAACGUACCACCGCUGCUUGCCGUGGGCUGGGAAGGAACUUUUGGCUUCCUGACACUUUCUGUGCUGCUGGUGCCCAUGUACUACAUUCCUGCUGGCAAGCUCAGUGGCAAUGAGAAUGGCACCCUUGAAGAUGCCAUUGAUGCUUUUGUGCAGAUUGGCAACAGUGCUCUUCUUGCAUUAUCCUUAUUAAUGAACAUUGUCAGUAUUGCAUUCUUCAACUUUGCUGGGAUCAGCGUAACCAAAGAGUUGUCAGCCACCACCCGCAUGGUGCUGGACUCUGUGAGGACCUUUGUCAUCUGGGUCUUCACUCUUCUUGUCCAAUGGGAGACAUUCCAAUACCUGCAGCCAAUAGGGUUUGUCAUCCUGAUGUUAGGCAUGAUGCUCUACAAUGAUGUCAUCAUCUUGCCAUUCCUGCGGAGUUGCGGUGUCAUACAGGAUCAGAGAGUGCCAGAAACCAUUCCAGUCUUGGAGGGAGUGGAUGAGGUGGACAAAGGUUCAACUUAUGGCGGCACUGUUGAUCCCUUCUGAGCUUCCCUGCCAUCAGUGAUUCAGCUUCUAUUUUUGGCAACUAAUUACUUACGUGUACCUAUUUCCCAUCAAUUUUGCAUAUUUUGGGAAGUCAAUAAGAGAGGCUUAAAAGCAGACCACAAAAUGUGAAUGUGAACUUACUUGCUAUUCAUACAUGUUUAACUUUACCUUGAUAAAAGUUGAUGGAAAGGAAGGAAAUUCUACUAGAAAGCUCACAUGAACACAUACCCAUAUCAAGAACAAUUCCCUAUGAAAAAUAUGAAUUUUUAAUUGCUAUUAUGAUUAUUUCAUGAUUAAAUACAAGAUUAAACCAUGCUGUUUCUA